UCCAUGGAGGAUGGAUGUAUCAGUUCUACCUAACAGCAACCACCCAGAGAGGUUUCUACAGCUGGAUGUAAGGAAGCUACCCAUCAGCCAUGGAGUAUUUCAGGUUGGGGCGGCCAUCACCAGUCAGAGACAUUGGCAAAAUAGGUUAUACACUCAGAGGGAGCAAGGAACGGUCAGCGGUCGUCAUGAACGGUCAUCCCCUUCCCCAGAGGGAACCCCUGUCAUGUUCGCUGACAGAUACAUGGAGAAACACAUCACUCCUGUCACCUUUAAUCCCAACGUGAAGAGGAACCCCCUUUACACGGACGCAAGACCUGCAGAAAGAGAGGACCCUGAACCAUUCAAACCCUCGUGGACAAUUAAAGAGUACGACCAGCGUUCUGUCCAUGGCCACCUGGCAGGCUCCAUGAUGGGUGAAGAAAAGACGGCCAAGGAUUUGGAUUACUGGCUCGAGGAUCUCUACACGCCUGGGUUUGAUUCCCUGUUAAAAAAGAAAGAAGCGGAAUAUAGAAGAAGAAAGCUCUGCAAAAUAUUUACCUUUGUAAUUCUAUUGAUAUCUGUAAUCAUUGUUGUCGUAACUGUGCCAAUUGUACUCACAAAGAAAAAUUAG